CCAUUGUGCUUCACUUUUGGGCGAGAGAGGGGGGGAGAGAGAGAGAGGCAGAUCUCCUGCAGCGGGUUCAGGGAGCAGAAGAAAGGGAGUAACGGGAAAGACAAGUCGCCAAGAUGCUGAUCACCAUGCUAACAGCCAUGUACGUGAUGGUCAAAGUGGUAGAAUCGGUGGGGAUGAGCUUUUCGCGCCAGCAGGAGCCCUUGCCUUACAUGGUGUCGCAGCCUUUGCCUUGGCAGAUUCAUUCAGUGUCACACAGUCGGAGGAGCAGCAAAGCGGACGAGUUCGACGGCCUCAGAAGGAACAGCAUCGGUGUCUACAGAAAGAACUCCAACACCAGCAAUGGGACGUGCACGUCGCCCGUCAACCCGCCUCUCAGCCCCGUGGAAGCCGACAAGGCCGCCGCCACCAUCCAGACCCACUUCAGGAAGUUCCAGCAGAAGAAGCAGAAGAACGGCAAGUAGCUGGAGGCAGCCGGUGCAGGCGCCGCCGCCGUCGUAGAAACAUAGAGGGGCAGAGAACACAACUCCAUCUUAGAGCUCAGACCAGUGUAGCGUAGACAGAAACCGUGACUCCACUGGUGUCCAGUCGCUGCUUGUACAUAUACGGACCCAUGAUUGUGUGUUAUGAUGUCAUCAUUCCAACAAUAAACAUCCUGGAGAGUU